AUGGCGCAUCCCUCCAUCAAAAUCGACACAAGCGUACCACCCACCAAGCGCGGAUUAGAAAACGAAGGCGAGGGUGGGCUCGAUGUGCUAGCCGUAGAACAGGAAAAUCCCCGACUGGAUGCUGGAAACACUGAAGAUGUACCGCCGUUCCUAUGUCAAUCAGUGUCGGAGAUUCAUGACAAGUUUGAAGAUCUGGAAUGGAUACAGAGGACGCGAUUGGCCGAGGGGAUGCUUUCUAAUGACCCAAAUCACCCAUUUGCUCUUGAGAUCGAUCCCAGAGUCAAGGCACGGAAUCGGUAUAUUAACGUGCAAGCAUGGGCCAACUGCCGGAUUCACCUGCGGGUGCCGGAUGGCCAGUGUGACUUCAUCAAUGCUUCUCCAAUUGUAUUAAAGGACUCGUUUACUCAACAAAAGAGGCGGUACAUUGCAACUCAGGUUCGCCUCCCAACCUUCCCUUCCUUACCUCAUGACGUGGGACCCAAGCUUGGUCAAUUCUCGCAUUUUUGGCAGAUGGUAUUUGACGAAAGUAAAGAAGUAGGCGUGAUUGUCAUGCUCACUCGGACCUUUGAAGCAGGCCGGGAGAAGUGCGCGCAAUACUUCCCCUUGGGCCCUGAGCAACCUUCUACGACGCUCUUUGUGGAGGAAUCGGAUCCUACCGAAAAUGACGAGACCCCAGAGAGAGAGCCCGCAGUUUUUGGAAUAGUCACAUUGUUGGAAUCGACCUUUGAUACCAAAUCGCAAUCUGAGAUUCGAAAGCUUGAGUUGACUGUAGGGUCGAAGUCGAAGAUUGUGUGGCAUUUCCUUUUCGCAGGCUGGGCCGACUACUCUAAACCAGAAGCGGAAGAUCGUGACGCGCUUCUCGAUUUGAUCAAGCAAACAGCUUCUAAAUGCAGCCCAGAAAACCCGCGCGUUGUUCACUGCAGCGCAGGGGUUGGUCGGACAGGAACCUUCAUCGCGCUUGACCAUCUUUUGCAGGAGCUCGACUCGGGCCAACUGCUCCAAGUAUCCGAUCCACAAAUUGACCCGGUAUUUAAAACAGUGAACGAGAUGCGUGAACAGCGAAUGAUGAUGGUCUACAACGAGAUGCAGAUACAGUUCAUUUACGAGGUUCUUCGUGAACAGACUGAUGCGAAGCUCGGCAAGACUCCAACUCAAAAUCAAGAACAAGACUCAUCAGAAUCUCAGGGUGAAGAGCCCCGGUCUGCAAAGUUGGCCAAACUGAGCAGCAAUGAAAACUAUCUACCUGCCUUUAAGCCCGAGCUGGAGUCUAUCCCAGAUGAAAUUGUAACUCCGGUGCGAAGCGAACCUGGGACACCUGAGGUCUCCGGCAACGAAAAGUGA